UACUCUGUCUGAUCGUAGCGGAGGAAGAAAAGAAGAAAACGGAGAUACACACAAUGCUUCCCUGUUCUAACUUUAAUUUUACACGAAGAAAGUCAGAAUCAAACAGAAAUCUGUAGUUUCUUUUCUCUCGCCGUGGACUUAAUUGGAUAUUUCGGACAUAUUUCUGCUCUUCUUCCUUGUGAAUUCCUUCUCCUUUAAGGACGGUUAAAGAUUCUGCAGUCAAACAUGUUGCAAAGUUUCUCUCAGUCGCAGGACUGGCUUUACUCAGAGCCGCUGCUGUUUGACGAUGAGUUCUGCCAGAGUUUGAUGAAGGACCUCCAGUCGCUGCCGACUCCUCCUCAGUCUCCCCCCAUGAAGGCAGGGCUCUGUGACAGCAAGCCCCUGUCCAAGGAGGACCAGCUGAGCUAUGUGUCAGACAUUCUUCUGGAGGACCACGACAUGCAGCUCAACUGGAACUGUGACUUCUUCCACUCCGAUGCUGCAGAGAAGGAGGGUGAACCCAGUCAACCCUGCUCCCCUCUGGACGAGGGCGGCGAGGACUGCCUGUGGCGGUGCUUGGCAUCGGACAAGAGUCUGGAGGAGAAGCUGGUCUCCACCAUGCUUGGCUCGAGCCCGCUGCUGUCGGACAUCGACACCAGCAUCUUUGAGGAGAUUGCAGGCUCCACACUUGACUGCCAGAAUCUGAUGGAUGCUCAGGAGCCAAGCGAGGCCACUUCAGACUAUGGAUCAACUGGUGGCGAGUUGUCCACAUAUUCAUCCAGUGACUCUGAGGAGGAAAUUGACGUGGUGACAGUUGUGCGCUGUUCCUCCAGCCCCUCCCCUCUGCCCUCACUGGCGGACAUGACUGUCCGCCAGCAGAAGCAAGAGGAAGAACAGCGAGCUCUCCAACGUCACCACUUUGAGAUCCAGCUGCAGCACAACUACGCGGCUCCCUGCCCUGCCUCACCACCACCUUCAUCCAACAAGCGCUCCAGAGGGAGUGACGGCACAUUGCGCUUCCACCACUCAUCCCGCAGCUCGUCGUCUUCUUCGUCAUCGUCGUCGUCACGGUACCACCACUUGUCAAGAAACUCAACAGAGACUGAGGAUGAGGAGGAGCGGCGACGGACGCACAACGUGAUGGAGCGACAGCGCCGCAACGAACUGAAGAACUGUUUCAUGCGCUUGCGUGACAACGUGCCUGAGCUGUCACACAAUGACAAGGCAUCCAAAGUGGUGAUCCUGAAGAAGGCCAGGGACUGCAUCUAUGGCCUGGAGGGUGAGGGCCACAGACUGCAAGCCAAGAGAGACAAACUUAAAGCCAAACAGGAAGAGCUGAAAGCCAGGCUCGCGGCGCUCCACAGCUAAUGGAGCUUCGGUGUUAAAGACAUUGUGGGGGAGUGAGGGAGGAGGGUGGACGAGGGAAAAGACUUUGUACAAAGAUAGGGGCAUGGGUGGGGUUAAAGGAUGGCUCAUCGUGCUGUAAAGAGCACACAAAAUGUCACAUUUUAAAGACUUUAUGGUAUCAAUAGGUCUGGACUGUGUUUUCUCUCAAACACACACAGUUUCCCUGGACAUUGAACACAACACACUCAUUGCCUCAGAGUUGAUCAUUCUCAUGCCUUGACUGCUGACUGUUGUAGAGUGUAGGGUGUUUUUUAAAAGAUAAAAGAAAGAUGGAGUGUGCAGACUUUUUUGUUGUUGUUUUUGUUUUGUUUUAGCUGAAUGCACACUGAAAGAUAAGGACAAUAUCAUCUGUUAUUGUUGUUUUUUUGGCUCAUUACAUCUGAGUCUUUACUUUGAGGAUGCCAAAUGGCACAGAUUCAAGUGAAAUAAGCCAGAAGUUCCUGUUGGUCCAAACAAUGAGAAGCCAGAAUUGUUCAGUGUUGAGCAGUUGAAUGAAACUUGAAUGUUGUUUUCAGGAUGUCUUGUAGCCAUAUUAACCAGUGAUCCCUCCACUCUGACAGGUGUUUGAUGGUGGCGUUGACGUUAUUUGGACAACUGUACAUCUGUUAAAUUCCAGUUCUAGUGCUGUUUGAUCAGGAUGAAGCUUCUUCAGUGUGCGUUCAGCCUGUCUGACCUCAGGCGGAUCCAUGGGCCCAACGCUGCUCUGUUACCAGGGUAGUAUGUAUUAAUGACAAUAAUGUAUUGACCAGCUUUGAUACUGUUGACAUAACAAUGCGCAGCCUCAGUUCAGUUCACCAUCAGUUGUGUGUGUGUGUGUGUUUGUGUGUGUGUGUGUGUUUGUGUGUGUGUGUGCGUGCGUGCGUGCGUGCGUGUGUGUGUGCGCGUGCGUGCUUUCUUGAGUUGAUUUCUGUAUAAAGAAUUGUUUGAGUUCAAAGGUAGCCAUAUUAAACAGCAUUCAGGUUUUGUGGAGAGUGAACUGUAAGCUGCGCUACUGUAGCAAAGCAGCCAAAGUUGGCACAGAAAACCUUGUCACAACAUUUUAUUCUUGCAUGUCGUGGCAUAUUAUUUAAAGGUUCUGGUUGGAGGAUGCUGAAACAGCAGCAAUACUAUGACAAUUAGUUUUGUUACUCAUGGAAUAGUCACUUGUGACUAUUCCAUGAGUAACAAAACACUCAUAUGUGUCAGUAAAUAAAUAUCAUUGUGAUUCAUUAGUCAGUGGCCAUUGUUGUACGCCUGCUAAAAGUAACUGGGAUAAGUUUUUUCAGAACAAGACAUCUUUUUUGAUAAGAUCCUUGAGUAUCUUGUAUUUCAGCUACAAUUUUAUCUCACUUUGUGCACAGAUUCGACAACAAAAUGUUUUUUUCAUGAAACUGCUUUUUACAUUAACAAGGGCCGCUGACUUUGACCAACAUUCCUGUGUUGCAAACGAUGAAUUACUUUCACUGGUAUUGUUUUAUGCCCAGUUGAACUCACAUGGAGACAAAGUGGCCGCUGAAGAGAGCUGUAACACCAAGUAAUAUCUUAGGACUGUACAAAGUAACGUUUAUGGCUGUAUGUGUUCAUCAGGAGCCUGGAUUAUUUAAAUAUCAGGCAUUUUUGUAGAACGUGUACUUGCCACUGUUAUCCCUUAUGCUGUUUAUAAUGAAAUGUGCAAAUGGAAAAACAUGGGCACAUGGUUAUCAAAUGUCUUAAUGCAUCUUGUUUUUUAUUAAGAGUUCUUCCUCCUUGAGUCUAAGAAGACUUAACAGAAACUGGUUUGUAGGAAUGAGAAUAGAGGAUUUUGCUAUUUUAAGAACCUGCUUUGCCUUGAAAUGCAUUUUGUUCAGUACUCCUUGUCUCCUUUGUUUGAUUAUGUUGCUGUCUCGUGAAAAUGUUGUCUUCUUUCAACGACAGGUAGUUUUUCAGGGAAGCUUAAAAUCCUUUUUCUCCUCAUCUUUGUUUAAAUUUUCAUUUUGUCGUGGUUCAGUCAGAUAACUGCCUUCUGAGGAUGCAGUGAAGUUUUAACAAGACAGCAGGGAUGAUUUCUUUCUUUUAUUUUUGUAAACUUAGCAAACCUACCUCUGCCUGGCUACAGUCGGGGCUGUAAUGUUUUUUUUCUGUGUGUUUUAAACAUUGUACAAAUUAUUUUUUUUUAAAUGUAAAUACUUUUCUUAUUGUAUCAUAAAUUAUUUUAGUCUUUUAUUCUUUGUUCAUUUGAAUUUGUGGAAUUUAAAAGAAAGCACUUUUAUAAUAUGUAAUUAAAAGUGAAAAUGAGA